CAUUGACAGAGCCAAGAGCAACGUGAACAUCGCGAAUGGUUUUUGCCGCUUCGUUUUUACGUUUAUAAACAAAAUGAUGGAAUCCGAGUGUUGCUGUCGAAUUUGUUUGCGUGCUGAAGUCGGGCUAGAGUUGAUUUCCCUGUUCUGCAAGCGUAAUGAUGAAAUAAUCGCAAAGAUGUUGAUGGACUGCGGCGACGUUGUGGUUUUGAAGAAUGAUACACUACCAGGAAGAGUUUGCAUGAGUUGCCUAGCUCGACUGGAACAGGCUUACAACCUACGUAAAUUGAUACAGAAAUCUGAUGAAUUUUUCCGCAAGCCAAGUAGAAAAUAUGUGACUAUAAAACCGUUGUUACCCGAAAGUCCGAUUGAAAAUGAAUCUGACUCUAAAAACGAAGAAACGAUCGUUGAUAAAUCAAGCAACUAUCCGAAUGUUGAGCAAAUCGAAAGCAUUACGACUAAAGACACAUACACGAUUAUAAAUUUGAAAGGACAUCGGUGUUGUGGGUGCAAACUAUUGUUUGAUUCCCUACAACUGCUGGAACAGCAUAGUGUUCAAACUCAUCGUGCGAGAGCAGGUUCGAACAGUAAGGAUACGAAUAAUUUGAGGUGUCAAAACUGCCAUGAGCUUUUCCCUAACAGGAUGAAGUUACUUAAUCAUACUACAACAUUUCAGUCUAACCGCAUUUUUUAUUGCACGCUGUGUAACAUUACAUUCGAUGUAGAGUAUCGUUUACGACAACACCAGAUGCUCAGUAAAGCUCAUCGUAAUCAAUCCAAUGAAAGUGCAUUAGAAAGUGUGAUUGAAAAGUCUCCAACAAAUGUGCCAAAGCUCAAAAUUCGACCUCUUCCACGGAAGCGGGUUACAAAAGAGUUGAAGUACCCGGACCAGCAAAGUAUAAUAGGUAUUGAUGAAACAGAAGUGUAUCAGAUCAUUCAUGUGGGGGGUGAACGCUGUUGCGGAUGCGAGAAAAUUUUCCCCAAUCUCCACGAACUAAAUGAGCAUUGCGGCCAAGUGCAUCAAAAAAUCAACGAAAAAGCACCGUUUGAGUGUAGUAUGUGCUACGAGACGUUUGAUCAAAUACAAUCUUUCAACAGACACGAUAGUGCUAGAAAGCAUAAGCAGUUAUAUUUCUGUAAAUUGUGUGACGUAGUUGUUGACGUUCGAUUUCGUUUUGAACAACAUAUGAAAACCAGUGUCGCACAUAAGGAUGCUCUCGACAAGGCUGGAAUUGAGCCAUCGACAGUACCCGAAGGAUGUCCUCGUACUCUGGAAGCUUUCGUAAGAAAAGUAAAAAUAGAGGGUGUUCGCUGUUGUGGCUGCAAUUACAGCGCUAGUACUAGCAAAGAAUUGAUGAAACAUUCAGCGGAGGAACAUAGCGCUACCAGAACGCCACAAGAAGAAUCGGCACCAUAUGAAUGCACAGUUUGUUUCCAACAUUUCAGUAAGCCUGAACUGAUGGCGUGUCAUUCUAAUGCAGCAUUACAGAGCACAGUUUUUGAGUGCAAAUAUUGUGAUUUUACGUCGGAGAUAAAAUAUCGAGUGAUGCAACAUAUAGCUAGUGGUGUGCAUCAAGAUUUGGUCAAAACGGAGAAAAAAGUUGUAGACCCUGAAGAUAAGGGCUAUAUUUGCUGCUUUGUGAAAUGUACACUAGUUUUUUCAAACUCUAAUGAAUUACUGGAGCACGUGGAGAGUGCUCAUGCUUCGAAGCGCAGGGAAAACGCGGAAGAAAGGGAACACGAAGAAUUUAUAUGCUACGUAUGUCACAAAAGUUUUAGGAACGAAAAAUCGCUGCACUUGCACCAAUUUCCGCGUAAAACUGAAGUACAACAUGCCUGUGGGAGUUGCGAAUCAACCUUUCCAAACAUGGCAGCGUUACAUGUUCACGAAAAAAUUCACAGCGGUGUACGAGAAUUUCAAUGCGAGGUGUGCGAAAAAUCUUUCUUUGAUGAGAGAUCCCUGCGGGUGCACAAAGUGUGUCACAACUCUGAACGACCGUAUGCUUGCGAUAUCUGCGGUAAAUCGUUUUUGCGCAAAGGGAACUUAAAGGUACACAAACGUUGUCAUGCGGACAGCAUCUGGGAUUGCCCUCACUGUGACGAGAAGUUUAAAACAAAGCAAUCACUCGUCUUGCACGUGCGGUAUCAUACGGGAGAGAAACCCUACCAGUGUCGAUUCUGUAGCAACCGGUACAGCCAUACGACAGAUCGCCAACGUCACGAAAUGGCAGCCCACACCAAGGUGCGGCCGCAUAAAUGCUCCAAGUGCCCGGCUGCCUUUAUACGAAAGCGCCAGCUGCUGAUUCACGAGCGUAUUCACACUGGCGAUCGGCCAUUCGCGUGUCACAUCUGUCCAAAACGUUUUAUACAGCAGAACAACUUGAAGAAGCAUCUUGCAUUGCACAACAAACAAGAACAACGGCGGGAUGAAGAAACAGAAUCGAAUUAUUCGAUAGAGGUAGUAGAAAUCAUAACUGGCGAUCACGAUUAUACGAUGGAAGAAACGUAUCUAGAGGAGAACGAGAUUGAUCCUGUACAAGAUCAAGAUGGAAAAUGAUUUUUUGUUAAUAAAUUGCAGAAAUUGCAUAAACUCUUUAUUUUACAAAUACAUUUCAUCACAAAAUAAUAAUAUUUUAUUAUAUUACGAUCA